UUUAUGCUAUAAAAUAGGGAAUAUCAUGAUUUGCUUUAUUAUUAUAUAUUAACUGAGCAAUUUAUAAAGCUAGGUAAGCCAGGCUAUUAAAAGAGGCUCCUACGAACGCCUACCUGUGCGUAAAAAUUUUGGGCGGCUACUGUUCUUUAGAAUCGAACGAAGUUCAUCCUAGCUAACGCAUGGUAGCGCCCCGCGAAUCUCGGAAUUAUUUCUGCUGUUCAUAAAGUGCUUUUCUCUAAGCUGUGAAAAGUGGUUUAAUAUAGACUAAACCAGACUUGUCUCAGUUAUCGUACUUAUACACUUUCAUAUUUAUUAUAAAAAAAAUUAUACUAUGCCACUCUACGAAUUGCUGGUGGUUAUGCGAUCUAUGAAGGAGACCCAAACGAUUGCUACUAUGAAAAGAAUGGGACAGUUACUUCUCGACAAUGGAGCACUACUUCGUUCUAUCCAAAAUAUCGGUCUAAACCGUGAGCUUGCCCACAAAACCUCGUCUCAUGGAAAGGUCCAUCAUACAGGCUCUUUCAUCUUGUACAAGUACGACGCGCCCAUUUCCCUAUUGCAAACAUUGCUGAAAGAAGUCAGACUAGACGUAGAUAUUAUUAAAGUUGGGUGUGUUCAGGUAAAGAAACCGAAGGACAUAAAGUGCACAUUAGAAGGUGAACUACAGAUCCCAGCGAAACGGCCAUCUGUUCAAGAACUUAUGAAGACAGGUGCUCGUCCGUCGAAGCCUGGUUACGGCGGAAUCGUUGGAGGGCCGUUUUAAAUACCGAUAAUAUUAUGAUUCACUUGUAAUAAUAUUUAAGUAGUAUUUUUCAUAUUGGAACUAUCAUAGUCUUCGUUUAGCUAAUGUUAAUCAAAGCUUCGUAUGCUGCAAAGUUGCGUAUGCAUUAAUUAGUAGAGAGGUCGUAAGUAAUUUAGUAGUUUUAAGAGGAAAUAGGAUUAGUCUUUAAACGCAACGAAUUUAAAACCGCUGUAAAUUUUAAGUGGAACGAGCGCUGUGCCAUGAAGGGUUUGGAACUGAAAUAAACAUAUUUUUGUGUAAACAAAGACGCUUCAAAUAUACUAACUUUUUUGG